GGCUUGUCGGAGUUGGGCGCUCUGGGCAGCGCCCUCGCUGACCUCAAGUACACCCCGCCGUCGCCCUGGCUCCGGCGGGCGCUGGCGGCGGCGGGUACGGCAGCCCUCGCCGCCGCCGCCGCAGACACGGGCAUGGUCGCACUGCCCUCAACCGCCGCCGCCGUUGAUGCCAUUGCUCCCAGUGCGCUAUCCGACCAGACGUCGCCAACUUCCCAAAAUGGCCUUCCCCAACCGCCGCCGCCGCCGCCGCAGCAACAGCAGCAACAGCGCCAACAGAGCAGGGGAACUUGUAGCUCGGAUCCGCUUCCGGGGCAACUGUCGUACCUCUUGUGGCGCUGGGGGGCUGUGGCCGCUGCCAUGGAUGAUGCCGAUGCCAAUGGCGCUGCCGCCGCCGCCAACGGCUCGACGGCGGGAGACGUCGCCGCUGCCGUCGAACGGUUUGCGGGUCAAAUGGCGGCGGCAACGGCGCCGCUGCUGGUCCGCAUGGGACCGUUACAGCUUGUCCGCUGUGCGGAGGGUAUGGCAUUGUUGCAGCAGCUGCUGAAGCGCUUGAAAGCGGCGGCUGGCGUCUCCCGGAGCAGCGUUGGUGCUGAAAGCUUUGGUAGCGGUGGUGGCAUCCCGGGAGCAGCUGUGGUGCAGCACCGAGAGACGCUGUUGACUGCUGCGUUGGGGCUGGCGGCGGGUGAGCCGCAAGCGGUGCAGAGGCUGGUGCAGCAGCAGCAGCAGCAAGAGCAGAAGGUUGAGCCGAAUGCUGUCUCCGGCGGACGACAGGGCUCCUCCGCUCCGCCGAGUAGCACAGGAAGGGGUCUCGCGUUGGGUACCGACCAGCGACCGCCGCAAAGGGGCGUGACAGGCCUUGCAGGCGGGUCGGACUUGGCGGUAGCGGAGGCCGUGCAGCUGCGGCAGCAGCAGCAGCAGCAGCAGCAGCAAAGAGGGGCGUUGCACCUCCUGGAGAGGCCUACUGCACCCCUGUACGGCACAGCAACUGCUGGCAACGAAGCAGCUCCUUCCGCUCCUUCUGCCUGCCAUCGUCCUGCCAUCCGAGCUGGUGAUGCUACUGGUGCUGCAGCAGCAGCCACGUCAGCAGCAUCCAUCUCCGCACGAAGCAAGCUUUCGAGCCGCAGGUCCUCGCCUCUGGACUUCACCCCCUGGUGGCAGGAGCUCGAGCGUGCUACGGCCAACGUGCUUGUAGUACGCCCACAGCCUCCUCCUUCUUCGCCCCAAGGAACCAUGGCGGCCGCUUCAGCGGCGACGAAGCGACCCAUGGGUCGUUCCUCUUCAGACCCGCCUUCCCCGCCGCAGUUGAGUCCGUACAACCUCUCCGUGACGCUGCGUUGCAUGGCUGCCGCAGGCUACGUUCCCAGCACCGCUUGGCUUCAGCGCUACUGCCAACACACUCAACCACUGCUGCCCUCGUACAAGCCCGUUGACCUCGCCGCGUCUCUUUGGGCCUUUGCAAACAUGCGCCUGGCGAACCGCGAGGUCUUCGACACAGGCGGCGCCGCCGCCGCCGCUGCCGACGCUCACAGCGGCAGACGCAACCAAGGCGUUGGGCAAACUGCCUCAGCCGGCAAACGUCACAAAGGAGGGUCCGCCUCAGCAGCACCCGCAGCGCUUGCCUCAGCGCCGAGGGCUCUGGCGGGCUGGCUCGGGGCCGCAACACUCGCGCUGGGCUUGAUGUUGCAUCAGUGCAAGGGCAACGACCUGCAGAACUGCCUGUGGGCUCUGGGUUCCCUGGACUUCACGCCGUCGCCUGGGUGGUUGGUACGGUAUGAGCGGGCGACGUACAAGCGGUUGCCGUACUUGGACAGUCCGGCGCUGUUGUACAGUUUGUGGGCGUUUGCCAGGUUCGGCUACGCGCCUUCUGGGGAGUACAUGGAAGCUAUGAUGGAGGCGCUCCGUCCAAGGCUGCUCGGCACACCGCCCAGCUCCCCACCGCCCGCUGCUCCGGCUGCUGCAACCCCAGCUGGCACCGCUACACCCGCCACAUGCCCCUUCCCACCUCCGCAACCUCCGCUGCCGCCACCGCCGCACCAUCAGCAGCCACAGCAGCUCCCUGCUCCUCCAACUGCACCCGCACCCGCUGCCGCCCUCAUCCCCCCCGCCGCGGGCCCCUCCCAGGAGCUGCUGGACGGCCAGUCUCUGGCGCUGCUGCUGCACUCGCUGUCUCAGCUUGACUACCUGCCGGGCGAGCAGUGGCUGCGGGAGUACCUGCAGGCGGUGCUGCGGGCCCUCCCUGCCGCCAGCGCCCUGGGCCUCACCAUCACCAUGAGGGCCAUUGCGACACUGCAGAUCUACCCCACUCCCGCCUGGCUAGAUGUCAUGCUGGAGGCCGCACGCCGCCGACUGCCGUACUUCUCGCAACAGCAGCUGGAGGCGCUGCUGUCGGCGCUGGCAGAUCUGGAUGCUGUCGUACGACCCAGCCCUGCCGUACUGCGUACCUUUUUGUGGGGCUGCCUGUCGGCGGCGCCGGAUAACCGGAAGAUCGCGGCGUUUUACCGCAUGCUCAAUGAGCCGCCGGAUGCUGCGGCCACGGCUGUGGCAACGGCGUCGGUGGCGGAGGCUGUAGCGGCGGCGGCAGAGGGAGAGGAAUCGCCAAUGAUGGAGCAGCAGGAGCUUGGAAAUGGAGGUCAGACGCCACCGCUGCCGCUGCUGCAGCAGCAGCCACUGCAGCAGCAGUUGCAGACGGAGGCGCCAACGCGAGCUCGGGAGCGCUUGCAGUCUCGUACCGGGGUACGGGCUAGUUUGUGGAAGAAGAGGCCAGUUUAGGCAAGACGCAAUAAUACAGGAGCGCCCGCUUGGAUGUCAUCAGCGGCGGCGGCACUGUCAGAGUUGUGCAGGGGUAUGUUGUGACGCUUGACGAGAUACCGAUACCGGGCUGUAGUUGAUACAUGCAGGGGCUGUGGUAGUUUGUAGCUGUGGAAAGGCAAUUGGAGAAGCCCCCCAGGCGGUGUUUGCAUGUUUUGUCAGCAUGUUUUGGAACCGUUAGGACGCGUAGAACCGGUAUGCGCAGUGUCCUAUCAAUGGACCUGGACUUGGAGCGCGUGAUUAAACGAAAUAACACCCUAUAUGAUUGGGUAUGCUGCUUUUGCACCGGGUGCCUACAGCAGCGAUCUCGGCUGUCGUAGUCUGGAUGGAAGUGUCAGGCGGGUAGGAUUGCAGGGGUACGUGGUUGGCGGGGUUUGAGUGGUUGGGUACGGAUCAUGCAGGUGUCUUGACUCAUGAAGACUAAUUGACAAUCAACUAAGAAAUUAUGAAGUUAGCUAGGUCGGCUAGGGUUGGCCGCAGAUUGAUGGUGUGAAAUUAAGCAACUGCUGGUGAGCAUCGGUGCAGCCAUCGCGCUGGAAUUGCUUCUGCCGGGCAUCGGCUUACAAUCGGGUCCGGCAAGGCGCCUACGAGUUCUUAUGCAUGCCCACAUCAUGCCAUGAUUGGCCUUGCCAUGUUUGCGUUGGGGUUUCGCAGUUAUUAUGCACAUGUGCCUAUGCCUGCGGAGCACAUGUGUGAGGCAGAUGCCUUCGUGUGGGGUGAGUGCGUGAUGCUGUGCACGUGCAUGUUUAAGGUUAGGGAAGCGGGCAUGCCCUGCAUGUUCUUAUUUGCCAUACAAUGAUUUAAAAAACAGGGCGGUGUGGGAGCUGCAGAGGAAGGGCGAAGCGGUGGGUUGCAUUGUCGUGUGAGCCUGGGAGGGGUCGCCAACAAAAUUAUUCUGCUAGGUGACCUCGAAAACGAGGGUCAGAUUGCAGCACAUGUGGAUGUUUCAGAUAUACCGGUAAACGCCGAUGGCUGGGUUGUGGAGGCCCCAUGCAGCUCAUAUGUACAACGCAGUGCGCUG